GCAAAGACCCUUAUUUUUUUCACUGAAGGAGGUGGAUGUUUUUGUCGUUGACCCCUUUUUCGUGACAACGGCAUUAAGGUGGAGUCUGAAAGGCGAGAGUGAAGGAUGUUCAAGCUUUGCAUGCUCGUGGUCGCUCUUUUUAGAGCUUAUGCCACUGUCCUUUUUGCCAGCCUGGGUGACGAUGUGAGCCUCCCCUGCUUCUUCGAACCCGGAGCCAAAUAUCUGUGCUGGUACAAGCAGGUUGCAGGUGACAAACCUGAAAUGGUCUUCUCUUUCUACGUCUACUUGCACAAUUCCAAAAGCCCUCAGAAAACGGAGGAGGUCAGCGAGCGACUGACGGUUCGCCACGGAGCAAACUUCUUCCAUCUAAAGAUUUACGAUGUGGGGCUCUCGGACACGGCCAUGUACUACUGUGGGCAGACACAGCUCAGCGUUACGAGCUUUGACAAUGGAAUAUUUUUGGUUGUACAAGAAUCAAGCCACCUAUCCAUCCUCCAGCAGCCAACAUUCAUCACGGCGACUCCGGGGGGUUCGGCUGGCUUACAAUGCGCCAUGCACCCUGGAACCAGCGAUGGACAUCACAGGUUCUACUGGUUCCGAGAGGCUUCAGGAGACUCCCGUUUGGGAAUGACGUACGUCCACUUGGGGAACGGCAGCAGGUGUGCAAAGACGUCCGAGCGCCGUUGCGUUUACAUGCUUCCCAAGCAGGACGUCACUCUCGCUGACGCCGGGAUGUAUUACUGCGCUGUGGCCUCCUGUGGGGAGAUCGUGUUUGGCGAGGGGACCAGGCUGGAUGUUGGAGGUGGAGAGACACACACUUUGUUGACAAAGUGUCUGCUUGCAGCUCUGCUUGUGUCUGUCCUCUUCAAUAUCCUGCUCACAGUUUGUAUUUGCAAAAAGUCCAGAAGACAGCAGCUUCCAAAUGGUGAAAUAACAACGCAACCAAGUGUCCUGGAAGACAAUGUGGAAGAUGAGAGUGGGGACGCUGCUGCUUUGCCGUACGUGGCUCUGGACUUCAAAAACAGACAGUCCAACAGCAGGAGACAGAGGAGCCCUGAGGACACUGUCUACGCUGGAGUGAGACUCAAAUAUGUGGACUGAUGUCUGCUAAGUCAUUCUGUUUAUUAUGAUUAUUAUUGUCGUCGUUUGUAACGUAGCUUUUGCAAAAUAUGUGUACUCGGGCUGCACAAAAAAUCUACUUUAAAAAAAACUGUAAUCUCAAUUCCAUCUAACAUGCGAUUUAAUAUAGAUUAUUUUUGUAAUGUUACUUAACGAGCUGUAUAACAGAAGCUGCCAUUUUAUCAAAGGGCUGUACUUUUGUGAGCAUGGUGGCCAACAUUUCUCACUUUCCAGCCGGGGCAAUUUUGUUCCACUGACCUUGCCUGCGAGGAGAAGCGACCGCAUUAACUAAUUGACUUUCCUUUUGACUUGUCUUUAUUACAUGCAUGAAUAUGUUGUGGAGUUAGCAAGCAUGCUAUUUUUUUACUUGAUGGAUUAUUUUGUCUUUCAAUGCGUUUUUCGUAUUAUUUCUAUUUUCCUGGUCCUCCCAUAAAGAAUGACAGAAAGAACAUUAUUUAAAGCAGAACAAUACAACAAGGAGUGUAAUAAUAAUGACAUUUACAAUAAAAACUGCAGGAUUUCUUUACAUUACUCAGAAUA